UGCAAAUGUGUCUGUCAGAUUGCUUUGACAAAACGUUCAAUACAUACAAACAAAAAUUAUCAAAAUAUUAAACAAAAUACAUAACUAAAUGAAAAAAACAAUUGGCAAAUGCAUAGAUAAAAACAAUUUAAAUUAAAAAAAAAUUAUUAAAUAAUAAUAAAAUAACAAUAAUUUACUUUUAACUAGAAAAUAAUUAUUUAAUAAUUUUGUGUAAUUGUUAAGUAAUAAUAAAAAUAAAAAAAUGGGUAAUAAAUCCUCUAGUAAUAUUUCAACUUAUCCCCAACAUGACGAUCCGGCCUAUAGAAAAUGUCAAGAAUUAAAGAUGGAACGUUGGAUACAAAUGCACUAUCAAAUUAAGGAACGUGAACAGGCCACUGAAAUUGCCCGUAAUAGAGAAUUUUUCUAUUGGUUAAGUGGUUUCUAUAUAACAUCCCUGCUGGGUUGUUUUUCAUUUUAUCAACGCACACGUAGACCGGUUACAUUACUGCCCAUGGUACCUUUGUCAUUUGUUAUGGGUUAUUAUGGUGAUUUAGCUUAUGGCAGUAAGAUACAUCGUAUUAAAGCUGAAGCCAAUAUGAUAAUGGAACAUGAAUCAGAACUGUUGCAUUGGCCUGGUGGUCUACCCACAGUGGCUACUAUUGAUGAGGCACGUGUCGAGGCUGAAAUGGAAAAGAAAAUGCAUCCCCACCAUUCAUAGGCUCUAACAAAUGAUGAAAAUUCAAACAGCUUAAUAAUUCCCUAUGAUGCUCAAGUUAUAUUAUUUUUAAUAAAUAUUUAAUGGUAUUCACUAAAAUUAAAUAAAAAUACAACAACACGUAUAUAAUACAUUAGUUAAUCUUUAGGACAAUAUUAAUAUUUCUUAGAAAAACUAACAAUUUUCCAUAUUCAAAUCGUAGAUUUAUUAACAAUUUUUAUUUCUUAUUCCAUUUAUAUUUAAAUAAUAUUUAUAUUUAAAAUUGUUUAUUGAUAAAUACCUUGUCUUAUUUAAAUUGUAUACAUUUUUCACAAAACUCCCUUCUAAUGUUACAAUUUUUCACUACUCUUUGUGUGAGUUAAUAUGAUCCAUGAAUAAACUAAAUUAAAGAAGCCUUUAAA